UUCGCUUUUUCGGCGCUGGAGAGUGUUGGGACCAGGGCUGGAGAAGACCGCCGGGGAGCAUCAGAGAAAAGAUCCAGUCCUGUGCACGGAGCCUCGACUGGGCGAACGCGGCGCCGUGCGUUUUUCUUUUUUUGGGGGGGACUGCACAACAUUCCUGUGAAAUAUAACUGCUAUUAAUGGCAUGUGGCUUGUAACUUUACUCCUGCUGUUUUCUUUGCAAGAAGCCAACAGUGAGGAUGUUGUCUCUACUCGGCUGUACUUUGUGAACGCCUCCCUGCAGCGAGUGACCUUCUCCAGCUCGGUGGGGGUGUCCCUGCCCUGCCCUGCGGGCGGCGCCCCCCAUGCCGUCCUGCGCUGGUACCUGGCUGCCGGAGACGACAUUUACGACGUGCCCCACAUACGCCACGUGCAUGCCAACGGCACCCUCCAGCUCUACCCUUUCUCCCCCUCUGCUUACAACAGCAUCAUCCACGACAACGAGUACUUCUGCACCGCGGAGAAUCAAGCGGGCAAGAUCCGAAGCCCCAGCAUCCACGUUAAAGCAGUGUUCAGGGAGCCCUACACAGUCCGAGUGGCAGACCAGCAUUCCAUGCGGGGUAACAUUGCCGUAUUCAAGUGCCUCAUCCCUUCAGCUGUUCAAGAGUACGUCAGCGUGGUGUCCUGGGAGAAAGACACCGUUUCCAUCAUCCCUGGUAAUCGUUUCUUCCUGACCUCAUUUGGCGCUUUAUAUAUCUCAGAAGUGCAGAAGGAAGAUGCUUUGUCCACCUACCGUUGCAUCACAAAGCACAAGUACAGUGGAGAGACCCGCCAGAGUAAUGGAGCCAGGCUCUCUGUAAAGGACCCUAAGGAGUCCCCCCCAUCUGUGCUGGAUAGUUUCCAGUCUGGUGAGAUGCAGGUUGGACACAGCGUGGAGCUGCCCUGCAUUGCCUCCGGAUAUCCAAAUCCCACCAUCCGAUGGUUGAAGGAUGGUCGACCACUGCCAGCUGACUCUCGCUGGACACGCCGCAUCACUGGCCUCACUAUCUCUGACUUAAGACUUGAGGACAGUGGCAACUACAUUUGUGAAGUCACGAACAGCUUUGGCUCCAAAGAGGUGACGGGUCAUCUCAAUGUUAUAGAACCACUGCGGGUCACUUUGUCUCCAAAGAACCUCAAGACGGGGAUCAGCAGUACAGUAAUCCUCUCCUGUGCUGUCCAGGGUUCCCCCCACUUUACUGUUUCCUGGUACCGUAACACAGAACCUGUGAUGCCUGAUCAGCACUUUUCCAUCCAAGGAGCACACAAUGAGACACUCUUCAUUUCUGCUGCACAAAAAAGACAUUCUGGAGCUUACCAGUGCUUUGCCUCACGAAAGGGCCAGACUGCCCAGGACUUCUCCAUCAUACUGCUGGAAGAUGGUACGCCCCGUAUUGUCGCCUCCUUCAGCGAACGAGUGGUGCUCCCUGGUGAGCCAUUCUCCCUGAUGUGUGCUGCCAAAGGAGCCCCUCCGCCUACCAUCACCUGGACCCUGGAUGACGAGCCCGUGGCUCGGGAUCUGUCACGUGUGAGAUCCAGCCAGUACACGCUCUCCGAUGGGAGCACCGUUAGCUUCGUCAACGUCAGCAGCCCGCAGAUUCGUGAUGGAGGAGUGUAUCGGUGCGCCGCACGAAACUCGGCUGGUAGUGCUGAGUACCAAGCGCGCAUAAACGUAAGAGGGCCUCCGAGGAUUAGGCCUAUGAAGAAUAUUACAGCGGUGGCAGGAAGAAACACUUUCAUAAACUGCAGAGUAAUUGGGUAUCCUUAUUACUCAAUUAACUGGUACAAGGAGGGAAUUCUGCUGCCUGACAACCAUCGUCAGGUGGUGUUUGAGAAUGGGACACUUAAGCUCAGCGAUGUUCAGAAAGGCAUGGAUGAGGGCGCCUAUGUGUGCAGCGUGCUGAUCCAGCCACAGCUAUUCAUCACACAAACCAUUUAUGUCACCGUCAAAGUCCCCCCGCUGAUCCAGCCGUUUGACUUUCCCCCAACCUCCAUCGGUAAAUUGAUGUACAUCGCCUGUGUGGUGUCAUCUGGAGACAUGCCCAUACGAAUCACCUGGCGUAAGGACGGCCAGGAGAUCGUGCCCUCCUCGGGGAUCACCAUUGACACAAAGGAGUUUAUGAGUUCACUGCAGAUUUCCAAAGUGUCGCUCAAACACAACGGCAACUACACCUGCAUCGCUAGCAACGAUGCUGCUACUGUCAGCACAGAGAGGCAGCUCACAGUUACAGUUCCUCCACGAUUUGUUGUGCAGCCCAACAACCAGGAUGGCAUCUAUGGCAAAUCAGCAAUCUUGAACUGUUCUGUUGAUGGAUACCCUCCUCCUAAGGUCAUGUGGAAGCACGCCAGAGGAGCUUUAGCUGGGAUUGGAAACCCACAGCAGUACCACCCGGUUCCUCUAACUGGCCGCAUUCAGAUCAUGACUAAUGGCUCCCUGCUGAUCAGACAUGUACUGGAGGAAGAUCGAGGUUUCUACCUCUGUCAGGCCUCCAAUGGCGUGGGUUCGGACAUCAGCAAGAGUAUGGUCCUCACUGUUAAGAUCCCAGCAAUGAUCACCAGUCACCCCAACACUACCAUGGCCAAAAAGGGUCAUGUGAAGGAGCUGAACUGCACAGCCAGAGGAGAAUGGCCCAUCAUCAUCCGUUGGGAAAGAGGUGACACAGUGAUUGACCCAGAUCGCAACCCCCGGUACUCCAUAACCACAAGCCCCAAUGAAAAGACAGAUGAGGUGUUGUCUACUCUCAAGCUAAAGCCAGCAGAGCGUGAAGAUUCAGUCUUCUUCUCCUGUCAUGCCAUCAACUCUUAUGGAGAAGGACGAGGCCUUAUCCAACUCACUGUGCAAGAGCCUCCAGACCCUCCAGAGCUAGAAGUGCGAGAAGUAAAAGAUCGUAGCAUGAAUCUUCGAUGGACACAAAGAUUUGAUGGAAAUAGCGUCAUUACCUCCUAUGACAUUGAAUACAAAAACAAGACAGAUACUUGGGAGCUGAAGCAUGCCACUCGAAAUAUAUCUCCCACAAACAAUCAGGCCAACAUAGUAGACCUCCACCCUGCAUCCGUCUACAGUAUCCGUAUGUUCUCAUACAAUGCAAUAGGCAAGAGUGAGGCCAGUAAAGAGCUCACCAUCAGCACCGAAGAAGCACAGCCUGAUGGUCCUCCAAUGGAUGUCGUCCUUCAGCCAGUCACCUCUCAAAGCAUCCGGGUGACCUGGAAGGCUCCAAGAAAAGAGCUACAGAAUGGGGUUAUCCGCGGUUAUCAGAUCGGCUACAGAGAGAAUGGCCCUGGCAGCAACGGCCAGUACAGCAUUGUUGAGAUGAAAGCCACUGGGGACAGUGAGGUCUACACCCUGGACAACCUGAAGAAGUUUGCUCAGUACGGCGUGGUUGUCCAGGCCUUCAACAGAGCAGGCACAGGACCUUCAAGCUCAGAGAUCAAUGCGACAACACUGGAGGAUGUGCCUAGUCAGCCUCCUCAGAACGUACGAGCCAUCUCCGUAACGUCAGAUGAGGCGGUGAUCAACUGGGCUGAACCUCCUAGAAUGACUCUCCAUGGUGUACUGAAGGGAUAUCGUGUUGUGUUCUGGGCUGUGUUCCCAGACGGAGAGUGGGGUGAAAUGCAAAACAUUACAACCACCAAGGAGCAGGUGGAGCUCAAAGGCCUUGAGAAGUUCACCAACUACAGCAUCCAGGUUCUGGCCUUCACCCAGGCCGGAGACGGUGUUCGGAGCAACGUCCUGUAUAUCCAAACCCGUGAAGACUAUCCCGGACCUCCAGCUGGCAUUAAAGCAGUGCCCUCCUCUGCCAGCAGUGUCGUAGUAUCGUGGUUACCCCCUCACAAACCAAAUGGAAUCAUCCGCAAGUACACCAUCUACUGCUCCAGCUCUGGUUCCGGCCAACCGCUGCCAAGUGAGUAUGAAGCUAACCCAGAACUUCUUCUUUACCGAAUCACCCACCUGAACCACCGGCAGCAGUACCUGAUCUGGGCUGCUGCUGUCACCACUGCCGGCCGCGGUAACAUCAGCGACAAAGUUACAGUGGAGCCUGCUGCAAAGGCCCCUGCCAAAAUCUUGUCAUUUGGAGGUACGGUAACCACUCCUUGGAUGAAGGAGGUGCGUCUGCCUUGUAGUUCCGUAGGUGAACCAACACCUACAAUCAAAUGGACCAAAGACAGUGAGGACACAGCAAUCCCAGUGUCUCUCGAUGGACAGCGCCUCAUUCUGGCCAAUGGGACGCUGGUCCUGCGAUCCGUCAAAGCUGAAGACUCUGGUUAUUACACCUGCACAGCCACCAACACAUUGGGCUUCGACACCAUCAUAGUCAACCUUUUGGUGCAAGUCCCUCCAGAUCAGCCUCGUCUUACCGUUUCCACCACCUCCACCUCCUCCAUUACUCUCGCCUGGAUUCCAGGGGACAAUGGAGGAAGCUCCAUCAGAGGCUUUGUGCUACAGUAUUCUGUUGAUAACACAGAAGAAUGGAAAGAUGUUUUCAUCAGUUCAUCAGAGCGUUCAUUUAAACUGGAAAACCUGCGCUGUGGGACCUGGUACAAAGUCAAGCUGGCUGCCAAGAACAGCGUUGGAGCUGGACGCAUCAGCGAGAUCAUUGAGGCAAAGACCCACGGGCGAGAACCUCAGUUCAACAAGGACCAGCCUAUCUUCACCUACGUCAACUCCACCCAUGCUCGCCUCAACCUGCAGGGCUGGGCCAGCGGAGGCUGUCCAAUCACCUCAAUGACACUGGAAUUCAGACCAAAAGGUAUGUGGACAUGGCAGCAUGUCCGCACCAACGCCACCACAGACGUGUUUCUGGCAGAACUACGUGAAGGCACCUGGUAUGAGUUGAAGAUGAAAGCAUGUAACAGUGCUGGCUGUGGCAACCAGAGUUCUCAGUUUUCAACACCCAACUAUGAUGGCAGCACCAUUCCUCCCAUUAAGUCCCCCUUGGAAAAAAAUGACGAUGUGAAGAAGCUGUUUUCAAUCGGCUGUCCUGUGAUUCUGGUGACUCUUGGGGUUGCGCUGCUGUUUGUCGCCAUUCGCAAGAAACGCAAAGAGAAGAGGCUGAAGAGACUCCGAGAUGCCAAAAGUCUGGCAGAGAUGCUCAUCAGUAAAAACAACCGCAGCUUUGACACGCCAGUGAAAGGACCUCCUCAGGGCCCACGGCUACACAUUGACAUCCCCAGAGUGCAGCUGCUAAUUGAGGACAAAGAAGGCAUCAAGCAAAUCGGAGAUGACAAGGCCACUAUUCCUGUGACAGACACAGAGUUCAACCAAACUGGGAAUCCUCAGAGCUUCUGCACUGGUGUUUCUGUCCAUCACCCUGCCCUCAUCCAAAACACAGGUCCUUUGAUAGACAUGUCUGACAUCAGACCAGGAACCAACCCAGUGUCAAGGAAGAGUGUUAAGUCAGCCCACAGCAUCAGGAACCGCUACUCCAGUCAGUGGACUCUGACCAAGUGUCAGGCUUCAACGCCAGCCCGCACUCUCACUUCAGACUGGCGCACAGUUGGUUCUCAGCAUGGUAUCACUGUCACAGAGAGUGACAGCUACAGUGCCAGCCUCUCACAGGACACAGACAAGGGGCGCAACAGCAUGGUGUCCACCGAGAGUGCCUCCUCCACCUACGAAGAACUGGCAAGAGCCUACGAGCAUGCAAAGCUGGAGGAACACCUGCAGCAUGCCAAAUUUGAGAUUACAGAGUGCUUUAUAUCCGACAGCUCAUCUGAUCAGAUGACUACAGGUACCAAUGACAACGCAGACAGUAUGACGUCUAUGAGCACACCAUCAGAGCCCGGUAUCUGCCGUUUCACUGCCUCACCGCCCAAACCCCAAGACUACGAUCGUGGCAAGAAUGUAGCCGUGCCCAUUCCACACCGCGCCAAGAGCGACUACUGCAACCUGCCCCUGUACAUGAAGUCCGAUCCCUUUUUCCGAAAGCAGUCAGAACACCAUGACCCAUGUCCAGUAGUUCCACCACGUGAAGCCUCUAUUCGUGGCCUAGCCCAGCGAGCGUACCACAGCCAGGGCCGUCACGUGACUAUGGACUCUGCAAAGCAACAGGCUCUGACCAUGGGCCACUCUGGCCUGUCAAACCUCACUUCCUCUGGGGCGUCUUCUGGAGGAGCAACAGGAGGCGGCGGUGGAGGCUUGUCUGCUAGCUCCAGCAGCUCCACGCUUCCCCAGCGGACUCUCACCAUGCCUGGCUCCGCUGCUUCUGCGGCUCAGAGUGCUGCUGCCGCCGCUGCAGCCACCGCUGCUGCAGGGAGCGCAUCAUCUUCCUCUGGCGGUGGGGCAGCAGGGACCUCAGGGGCGACCCCUGGAGGUGCCUCUUCUUCCUCCUCCAAAAUGGGAGGAUCCAGAGACUCUCUCCUGGAGAGCAGCUCUUCGGGAUUAGGCAGACUGCAGAAGCAGAGGGAUGGGGGGUCAGGAGCCUACUCCAAGUCCUACACACUGGUGUAGCCUGCCAAUAGCGAGGCCUGUCACUGUAACUCUUAAUACAAUGCUGGUUCAGCCAGCGUUUGCCUGGAGCCUCUAUGGUGAAUCGGGGUGACAAACAUACACAUGCACAGCUUACCCGUCAGUGCCUGUGCUGUGCCAGCCUGCAGGGAGCUGGUUGGGCUCCCGUCAACACAACUGUUUCAAGGGGUCAGAGUUGGGUGUCCACAGCACAGGGGCUUGCCUUUCUUUCUGCCUGAUUGUGUUCCGUUAUAUUUGUGUAAUUUCUCUCUUUCUCUCUCUCUCGCUCUUUCUAUUUUUUAAAUCACCCUGGAAAUCACUUGCCAAAACAAAAAUGAUCUAUCUGUUCAGUCUAUCUUCAUUUUCAGGCAAGGACACAGAACUUAUGCACAAAAUGCUUUUAACUUGCACUGUCUUGCUUUCUAUAACAAGACAGCUGUAGAUUGAACCAGGUUGCUUAAGAUGUGUGUUGACGUUUCUUUUUUUCUUUCUUUUUUUAAAAAACAAUAUGUAACCUUUAUGUUCUCUGAUGGAAGAUUCGUUCAUAUCUCAGCACUGUGCCACGGCAGAAUGCUUUUGCUGUAUGCACAAAUCCCCAGCCUCUGUGUUACUUUGGCUCUGUAAGGUUAGUCCAUCAUAGAUCCAUACAUUAGAGGCAGAGGAAUGACUCUUGUACAUGCAAUGGAUGACCCAGCAUUGCGGUCACAAUGGAAGAUUUUAUAGAAAGAGGAGCUAAAAAUGUCAAGCAUCAUUGAGUGAAAUCUAGAUUCUUUUUUUUUAUUUAUCCAAAAAGGUUUAAGUUUGUUUUCAGACGAUGGAAGUAUAACCCCAUGUGCACUAGGAAACAGUUUGAAAGGAUCCAAGUAACAGAAAUGUUGUGAGUGAGUGAGUGUGGGGGUGUGCGGGCGUGUGUGUGUGGAUGUAUAUGUGUAAAUAUAUAUGUGUACAUGUGGCAGGCACACACCAACAAUGGACCUUUUUAAAACCAAUCUGUAUGCUGAAUUCUCGGGCAGAAGUCUGUGUCUAAACAAAACAAAACCCUCCCCAUUUUUUUUUUCUUUUUGUACCUAUGAAAACACAGAAUGAUAACGAUGAUGCUGACAAUUUAACUCAAUUUAAAUUUAAUUUACUCUAGUAUUUUUUUAUUUUAAGAUUUGAUAUCUGUUGCUAACAACAUGGUGUAGGUGAGUUAUACAAAUGCUAAUGAAGGACAUAAGCUUUUAUUUGAGGAUUAGAAAUGCGGUGCCUUGCAAAAGUAUUCACCCCCCUUUAUUUAUUUCACAUUUUGUCACAUUGCAACAGCCAACUACAUUCAGGUUUGAGGUCGCAUCUAAGGAAAUAUGAAAAAAGUUCAAGGAGUAUUUAUAGUUUUGCAAGGCAUUAGAGGGUCCUGUUUAGUUAUAUUUACUUUUAUCUGGACAAAAAUAAAACAUAUUUUUAGGAAUCUCCCUUACAGUUCACAAUCCCAUCAUUUCACUGCCGCCUUCACAACACUUCCAUCAUCCACUCUCCUUUCCUCCUGCCCCGUCCCCCAUCACAUUCAUACAGUGUCACUGUGAUGUACUACUAGCAUGCUGGCCAGACAAAGACAGACCAACCGAACAAGAGGUAUCCUUUAUCCACGUCUGUGCAGAAAUGCUUAACUUUCAGUGACAGUUUGAAUGCGCGCAUUCAGCAAAUUUUUGAGAAAUGUAUUUGUAUGAUUUUGAAUAAAUGAACACACAAUGAAAUCAUGUAGUGUUAAAAGAAUCUGAAGAAUUUGCUUAAAAAAAAAAUCAAGUUUCUCCAACUUUUUUGAAUUUACAUUUUAAUACUAUGGUUGAAAUGGUUUUUUUUUCCUCUUUUGUUUUCAUUCUUCAUUUCUUAUCCCAAAGUUUGUAAUCUCAUAACAAUAAUUGUUCCAAAAAAAAAAAAAAAGAAAGAAAAGAGUUGCUCCAAAAGUUUUGCAUUGGUAAAACGUAACAUCAGGGCUCUCGCAAUAGAAAAAAGAUAUCAUAUAUGUUUGUUUUAAAAAAAAAAAAGUAUGUACAUAUAUAUUUCUAUUCAAAUAUAUAGCAAAUAUAUGAAUAAAGAGCAGAGACAUAUAAAAGCCGUUCUAAUUGAAAAUAUAUAUUAAAAGAUCACAAGACAAUCGCUCCGAGUGAAGCAUCACAGUAAAUGAUAACGAAACAGGAAGACGGGAGGUUUAAACGGGUAGCACAGCUGUGGAUGGAAGACCUUGGAGAGAACGAAAGUGGUGUGAAAGUUACUGGUGAAACUGGGACUCGAGAAAUGAGACGUUAACUCCCGGGUGAUUUUGAAAAGGACAAGCACAGGAAAGUGAAAAUAUAGUGCGAGAUGUGUUGCUGGUUUAUUGUGGUCUCAGAUAGUGCAGGAAGUGUGGUGUUGCAAAAGAAAACGGUUAAAAGGAAAAGCUUAUAAAGUGAUUGAGCCUCUUGUGGUUUGUUGUAUUGUACCUUCCAAAUAUUUGUGUUCACAGACUCAACGCCACUACCAAACUACAACUAAAGAACACAAGCAGGUUGCGUAUUUCUCCAGGCCAGUGAUAGAUAUUACUGCAGAUAACUGUAAGAAUUAAUUUUUUUUAAUGUAUUUUGGAAUCGAAGAAUGGAUAUGUGUUGAUUUCUAUACGUAGUGUUAAGAUGCAUUUACUUGCCUUUUUCAUUUUAAGUUAUGCAAACACUUGUCCUGGGAAAAAGUAUGAGUUUGGAAAAGGAUUAAGCCUGUUUUUUUCCCCCAUAAGGGCUUCCUUACUCCAACUAUAUGGAUUUUGGUUGGACAGAUGAAAUAAACUUCCUACCAACAUGCUUUCCCUCCAAUUUUCAGUCAGUUUGCUUAAAGUGAAUGUAUUACUUUUCAAAGAAAUUUCCACCCCAUCUUAACUGCAAAUUGAAAUGGUGUGUGAACUAAUAUUUCUGUAUUAACCAAGAAACAACUUUUUCAUUAGACUCACACAAUUUUUGUAAAUUUGAGAUUUCCAAUUUUCUUUGUAAGCACUGCAAUUUGGGAAGUUCACUGAAAUAGAACUACAAUAUUAAUAGGGUUGCAAUAAAUGUAUAAAUCCCAUUAUUUUUAGGCUUUAGAUUAAUUAUUUCAAGAUGGACUGACAAUACAACAUUAAACUUCAAUGAUUAAAAAAAAAAAAAGAUCUGGGUGAACAUGUUUCCAUUUAUUGUGGCUUUUCUCAAAUCUACGUAACUCCUCUGUAUUGUUUGGCAAAAUCUCACCUGGCAGCUGCAUAGAAACCAUAUGCUGCUUGUCAACAUCAAGACGACUUUGUAUGGUUCAGGGUGGAUGGCAGUGCAGUAUUUUGAGUUUCUGCCGAUGGCCGUCCUCUAAGCAAAAUACCUCAAGAAGGUAAAGUCACAGCAGCUCUUGAAGGUUAACUUCAGCCAAACUAACCCUUCCAAACACUCAAAUUUAGCCAUGUUUUAUACACAAACUGGAAAAGAGGUCCCUGCUCCAUAAAUUGACAUUUUAGGUGCUCAGAUGGAUGGGCCAAGUGGCCUCUGGAGCAAGUGGUCAGAAGAGGCAAACACUGAGCUACUUGACCACAAGAACAAGAAUUAUUUGUGUGCUGAUGUUUGAAACUUGGACAUAAAUUAAACUUUCAAAAGAAAAAGAGAUGUUAAAUAUCCACCCAGAAUCACAGCAGGACCUCGAUGGCAGCUUUGAAAACUGUUUCCCUUUGAACUUUACGAUUGUUUAUGAAAAUAUUAGUGGUAGUCUGAUAGUAUGUCUGAGUAUGAAUGGGUAAUUUUGACCUUGUUCAUGGAAACCCGUUUAUCCAGUUAAAAAUUAUUACAUCAUAGAUGUGUUGUAUAAUAAUUCAACGUUUCUUGAACGUUGAAUUCAAAACGUAUAAUUGAAAAAUGUUUUUUUGUUUUUAGAACAAAAAAACUUUUAAAAAUGUCAUUUAAUGUCUCAAAUAAAUCCAUGCCUAUAACUGCAGCUAUAUGAUGUGUAAUUUACAUUGGGUGGAUUUUUCUUUAAAAUGAUACAACAUGCUUUCAAACUGACCUGCAUACUGCCUAUAUUUUACAUCGGUGUUUUUUUUCUACAUCUGUCAACCAAUCAGAACUUCUCCUCUUCCCUCCUCUGUAGCCUUUUGUCCACCUUUAUACAAUGAUUUCUACACCAUAAGAAAGGACUUGUGUACAUAUGAAAAGUGUUUUGUAUAAAUGACUACUAUUUUCGACAUCUUCACUAGCAACCAGGGCACAAUGUAAACUCUGAAGUACAGGUGAUGUGAUAAAGAUUCAAUGAAAACUUAGAAUUAAACAAAUAACUGCUUUAUCCUCAUCCAUGGACCAGAUACAACAUGUCUGAAUGGACCAUGCAAUGUUAACUAAUGAUGUUGUUUGAUUUUAUUGGGCGUUUUGUUGCAUAGUUUUAAUUUUUAUUUCUGUUUUUACUUCACAGGAUUUUUGUUGUUGUUUUUUUUUUUAUCUAGAGGUCCUUUUUUGUCAAUGAGUUUUUUGGGUGAGGGGCAGCAGCGUUGCAUGUUCUGAAAUUUUCCUGGUUAUAAAAGAGAAAAAGGGGAAGAGGUGAAAUGAACAGACAUUAAUAAAAAAAAUAUGAAUUUUAAGAAUCCAGCAGUUGUUCUUUGAACUUUUAUUGGGAAACAUUGCUUCAGUUUGCAAUUGCUUGUGUUUAACCCUACAUUCUCUUUUCUAUCAAAACAAACAAAAGCGGGGGGGAAGAAGAGUACUUAAAACCUUGUGCAAUAAAGCUAUCUUUUUAUA